GUUCCCACUAACCUCUAAAAUGUUGUUAGAGUUAAUUGCUCUCAGCAGGCUCUUCUCUGCAUUCGUCACGCUGCUCGGCAUCAUGUGAUGACACUGUGGGAGCUUGUUAUCAGGAAGGCUGCUCCACUCCAACCAUCCACUCAUCCUGAAUUUGAUAUUUUUGGGCCAGUGGGAAGACGUCUGCUUCUUCAGUGAUGACAGACUCUGCUGUUUAGACAGGAGCUUUUUUCAGUUUUUACAGCUUUGGACCAGAAACCAGAAUUCCCAAAUGGCUGAAGAGAUUCUACUUCCAUCAUCAAGGAAAAUCACCUCGCUGACGGGCUCUCUGUUAGCCGUAGCUUUCUUGACGUCCUUCGGGAGCUCCAUGCUGUAUGGCUACAACCUGGCUGUGGUCAACUCCCCUGCUGCGUACAUCAAGAACUUCUACAACCAAACUGUUUUAACUCGUAAUGGGACAGGACUCAGUGGGGAGACCCUGACACUCAUGUACUCUCUAACGGUGUCGGUCUUUGCUAUCGGAGGUCUGCUGGGCUCCUUCAUUGUCGGUAUGCUGGUCACUCGCUUUGGAAGGAAGGGGACGAUAGUCAAAACGACCAUUCUGGUAUUCAUCGCUGGCUGCCUCAUGGGUUUCAGCAGAAUCUGUGGGUCACCUGAGAUGGUCAUUUUUGGCCGCUUCAUCACAGGGAUACAUUCAGGGAUCUCCCUCAGUGUGGUACCCAUGUACCUCGGAGAGAUAGCCCCGAAAAACCUAAGAGGAUUCCUUGGUCUUGUUCCAAGUAUCUUCAUAGGGACAGGGGUCUUUGCCGCCCAGAUCCUCGGCCUCCAUGAGCUUCUUGGAAAGGAGGAGUAUUGGCCCCUCUUUCUUUCAGUGGUGGUGGUCCCAACCUUCAUCCAGCUGCUGCUGUUGCCAUGGUUCCCGGAGAGCCCUAGGUACUUGCUGAUUGAAAAAAACAACAUCCAUGCCACAAUCACAGCUCUGAAAUGGUACAGAGCAAAGUGUGACAUCCAGGCUGAAAUUGAAGAGAUGCAAGAGGAACAGCGCUCCCUGCUUUCUGUGGAAACCCUGUCGGUGUGGAACCUGUUGCUGGAUGAGUCAGUCCGCUGGCAGGUUCUCAGUGUGAUGGUCAUCAACAUUGGCAUGCAGUUGUCUGGGAUUGAUGCUAUCUGGUUUUACACCAACGACAUCUUUGAAAAUGCAGGUAUCCCAGCUCCGGAGAUCCAGUAUACUACAGCAGGAACAGGAAUCAUAGAGAUCAUUGCUGGACUCAUUGGGUGUUUCACCAUAGAGAAGCUUGGCAGAAGGCAUCUGAUGAUUGGAGGCUUCACCAUGAUGGGGGUCUGCAGCGCUGGAAUCACGUUAGCACUCGUUUUACAGGCUAAGCUACUAUUCAUGCGCUACAUCAGUGUUUGCUGUGUGGUCGGCAUCAUCGCCGGCUUCUGCAUCGGUCCAGCUGGAGUUCCCUUCCUGAUCACAGCAGAGCUCUUCAAACAGUCCCAUCGUCCUGCAGCCUACAUCAUAGGAGGCUCCUUAAAUUGGCUUUCUAAUUUCACCGUGGGCUUCGUCUUCCCCUUCCUACAGAUGUCCGCUGGGGCUUAUUGCUACCUGGUGUUUGCCACAGUUUGUUUCUCCGUGGCUGUCUACGUUUACAUUGUCAUCCCAGAGACCAAAAACAAGACUUUCAUGGAGAUAAGCAGGAUGUUCACCAAGAAGGACUCCAUCCUGGAGACUCAGGGUCUUCUCCAUGUCGACCAGCUGAAGCUAAAGAAGAUGAACGGUUACGGUGGUUUGGAGCAUGCGUCCAUAGAGUUUGACAGCUCCUCCUCUGUACCUUAGCUAAGGUUUAAGAGCUGUGACUAAAAGACAUCUGAAGACCACAAUGUGCUCCAUCCACACCUCAUCUGGACUCAGUGGCUCCCUCCCUGAA